AUUAGUUUUACAUUAGUCUUAGCGCGACAGAUUAUUACCAAUAGAAAUUAAAUUUAAAUCACGUUAUGAUGACUGGAUUUACGCGUCCUAUGCAUUACACAAUAAACUAUGUAACAAAUGUUCUAUUCUCUGCUUAAUCAAUAACUCGAAGCCGGAAGAGCGCAGAAAUUGAAAUAAUGUUUCUAGCAACUCUCGAUGACUGAAGUUUUAUUAAGAAUAAAAAAUGUCUGUCUACGCAACGAAAUCGUAUUAACAAUUUAUGAGGAAGUAAAUAUUUUGUCGAGUCUACUUUACGAUAGGCAUCCCGAAAAAUCCAGUUAUGUAAACGUUAGUAAAUAGUAGUAUCUCUGCGCUAAUUGUUCUGUUUCUCCGAGUACCGUUAAACCGAAAUCUCCAGCAGAAUUUGAACCGGACACCGAACAGUUGCAACUCGGAAGAUGUUGCGGCUGUAUGCGGUGUGCUCAGUAAUUUUCCUUCUUGGCAAUAUCGUUAAUUGCCAAUCGGACGAUGAAAAUAUCAUAGAAGUUGAAACCUCGACGCCUCGCGGGAGAUUCUUCCCGCUGUUCAGCGUUAUCCGUUUUGCGAAUUCACAAUGUCUGGCUAGCAACAAUUUAAACGGCACUUGUUUCACUAGAAGAGAAUGUCGCCAGUAUGGUGGGACACCGUCUGGGACUUGUGCCAACGGACAUGGACUCUGCUGCGUUUUUCAAAAAACAUGCGGUGCUACGACAAAUGUAAAUAACACAUACUUCACAAAUCCGGAAUAUCCUAGAACUUACGAAGGACAGGGAAGAUGUACGAUAUCUGUUCAACGUUGUAACACGAACAUUUGUCAACUGCGUUUGGAUUUCUUGGAUUUCACUCUCGCCUCGCCGAAUAUCAGCGGAAUUUGCGACUAUGAUCAUCUCCUAGUUUCUGGAUCCGGAAGCGUAGUACCUCGAAUCUGUGGAGAAAAUGCUAAUCAACACGUGUACAUGGAUUUUAACGACGAUGCGCCGAUCAUGUUGUCAAUUGAUACGAACGGUGACUAUGCUACAGAUCGUCGUUGGAAUAUAAGAAUCCAGCAAAUACCGUGUGAUUCUCCAGCCAGAGCUCCAAAUGGAUGUCUACAAUAUUACGAUACCGUCUCGAACACUGUGACUAGCUUUAAUUAUGGUACAACACAAAAUCCAAGAGCACCAGGAACUGGUACACGGCAAAUGGCGAAUACGAAUUAUGGUGUCUGCGUAAGAAUGGAACAAGGAUAUUGCGGGAUCGAAUGGUCUCAGACGGCCAUGAAUUCCUUUACCGUGUCCGGAGAUACUGGCUCGCUUGAUCCUUCCAUAAUAGGUACUCCCACUGUAGCAGAAAUGGGAACAGAUUGUACGAAAGAUUAUGUUAUCGUUCCACAUCCCUUCGUAGAUAAUACGGCGCUUGACACGGAUCGUUUUUGCGGUAACGCUUUCGUGACAAAAACAUCAUACUCUAAACCGUUUGUGCUGUACGUUGUUACGGAUGGAGACGAGAUUACGGAAGUUGAUAAUAAAGGGUUCUCCUUAAUGUAUCGUCAAAUACCAUGUACAAUUUAAUGUGUUUAAUAAAUCAGUAAAUGGCAUAUGCACAUUGUCGUGUUAAA